AUGAGUACAGGUAGCUGGAGUUACAAGAACAGCUUGUACGCCUUCAACCCGAGCUACGGAUUCGCCGUCGACAAAAGAGGGUUCGUUCAUAUUUUCUUUCUUAAAAAUUUAUUUGAUGACAUUUUCGUCUUAUUAAACGUAUUUCUGCAAAGAGUGUGUUACAUGUUCAGUUUUUCGAACUAGAUUUAUGAUGAAAUAGCUAGUCGCGCGACGGUUGCGAAUAGGCUCUUUUAAGGCGUCCCCGACCCAAAACGACUUGCGCGCGGUAGCAUCGGAUAUUGUAAGACAAAACUUUAACAGCAACCCGUAGAGUAGAGGGGACUAAAAAGGGACGUAAGGGACCAAAAAGUGCCCAGUGUAUGGGGUGAAACUCAGAUGGUCCUUAGAUGAGUUUACGGUCUUACGCCUAAGCCCCUAAAGCUUAAUAGAUUCCUGUAGGGUCUUCUAAUUUUUGUUCAGAUUUGAAAAAGGCAAACUUGAUCAAGUCAGCCUCUUUCGAUAUUUGUCAUUCAAAUAACGCUAAUUUAUCUGUUUUAUCGCAUGAAAAUGCUUCUUCUCAGAGAGGUCGUAAGAAUAAUCGACUAUGUCCCCUGUAGAAGCAACUUGCCACUAACUAAACCCCUAUUGGAACCACUUUUUCAAGCUUCAGUGGCUCCUGUAGGAAGAGACGUUCAUGACAAUGUCGUAUACAAAAUAACUUCCCUUCCUUGAUGCAAAAAAACAGAAGAAUACGCGGCGAAGAAAAGGUUCCGGCCGGCAGGGAACGGAGACAGUUCAGAAGUUUUGAACCGGCUGCUGGGAGGUCCGUGUAGCACUCGACGGAGUGAUAGCGGCAAACGUCGCGCGUCUUAAGCCACAACAAUCGCCGUGUUAACAAGCCACUCGGUGAAGUCCACUCGAGAGCUCCUUCUUCCUGUCCCAAACAUCUCUCCGAAUCCGUCGCUCGCGCUUCUCGGCGCCGUCUACGUGCUUCCGCCUCUGAUCAUCGUCUUCUUGAUUGUCCUGCGUUACGUCUUCUGCCUCAACCUGCUGCAGCGCUUCAAAAUUGUGUCCGUCGAGGAGAAGAUCCACCAAAGGUCCGCUGAAAUUAGUCUGUUCGGUCUGAUAUUUCGCAACUUCCGGUCUUUUUUUGGUUUGUUUGAAAAUCAGGAGGAUUUUAUGGGGAAAUAUCAUGAUAUUCUAGCUUUUUUUUAUACUCUGAACUUUUUCAAUAAAUUCAUGGCGGGAUCCGGCAUUUUCUCAAUUUUUUUUUUUGCAUAGAGUAAGACAUUUUUUUUUCAAAACAACUCUUAAGAUAAAUUCUUCAUAUUACUGGCGGAAGAUUUCAACACUCAUUAUUUACUUUUUCAAAUUUGUGCUCUUAAUUCACAAAGAACAGAAUUUCUGAAAAAAAAUUCAGAUGUUAAAAGUCACAAAGUAGCAGAAUGACGCAAUAAUACACCCAAACACACUCAAACGCGCAAAAUUUGAUUCGAAAAAUUAAUUCUGGUGAAUCCGUUCUUUUCAUAAACUUUUUUUAAAAAGAUUUUUCGUGUUUUUCUAAAAAUUGAGAAUGGGCAUUUUUGCCGUAAAGUUUUCCUCAAGCGCAAAUAGUAUUGAACCUCUUGUUUAUUCGUUUGUCAUUUUUUUAAUUUUUGUUUUUUUAAUCAACAACACAGUGAGUUUAUUAAAAAAAUAACUUUGUUUAAUAAUAUUUUUUUAAUUUAUUAACAGAAUAAAAAAACCAUUUCAUUUGAUCUCGAAUUGACUUUUUUUGAAGUUUUUUUAGAGAUUUUCAUGAGCUUUUUAUUACAUAUAUGUCAAAAAAACGUGGUGUAUGCAUAUUUUUUUUGGAAAAAUCUGGUCAAAAAUUUGAGAUCCUUUGAGAAAUCUGACGAUAGUUUUUCAUUUGUCUUUUUUUCAUAUAGUUUUUUUCUUAUGUCCGAAAAUUUUCAGUCGUCGUCAAAAUUCGUCGACGACGACGACGACGCGAACCAGCCCACUCGAUGGAAGUGAUUGUACCAGCGAAUCGAGUCAGAUUUCCAUCCAGAAAGAUAGGUUCGUUCUAGUUUUCUUCCAAUAAUUUUUGAUUUUUAUUUCCUUUUUCCUGUCAGUUUUUUACUUCAUUCCUGUGACAAUUUCGUAAUAUUGAUGACCAAAAUGUGACCAGUUCUCAAGAUUUGUCUAGCGCGGGCGCCGUGUGGAUACUUCAAAGCUGAUUCACGCGUUUUUUGAGCCGUCGGUUCACGUUUGUACUGGACGAGCACUGUUGUACGAUCGUUUAUCUCCUACUUUAUAGAUAUUUUUUUCAAAAAAAUUUGAAAGGUUUUUUUCUAAACUCUUGUAGAUUUUUUUAAAAGGCGCAGAAGUUUUAUAUGACCGAAAAAUUAAUAAAGACAAAAAAAUAGGAACUUUUUUUGCAAAGUAUUUUUAUGAAUUUUUGUACAUUUUUCCUACAAAAUUACAGUAAGUUUUCAGGAACAGAAUUUUUUUGAUAGCAAGCUUCGAAAUCUGAAAAAAGUAGGCUUACAAUUUUUUCACAAAAUAUUCAAGCCCCAGAAUCUUUUAAUUCAUUAACACAUGUUUCUACGGUACGUAGGUGGUCAAUAAUAACUUUUUUUUAGAAUUGAGACUGAAAAUAAAUGAAAAAGGCAAUAAAUUCGUAUAAAUCAUUCAUCAGUGGCUUUUAGCAAUCAAAAAAAAUCUUUCAACACCAUAGAAGAAUAAUUUUUCUAGAGAUAGAGGGUCAAACGUCUUUUUAAAACAAGCUGUGAAUAAAGAGUUUAAAGAAACAAAAAAAAAGAAGUCCGAGUGGUCCUCAGCUGAUCCUCAUGAUGUAGUAAUGACGAACAUCGGGAAAGAAAUCCGAUCUUGAAGAAGAGGCGUUUGAGACAAAAGUUCUUCUGGAAACGUUUUUCCCCAGCCACACGUAGGUUGUCCACUCCGGAAACGCGUUUCAAGCGGAAAAGGGUGCUAAAAAGGGGCGGAGUCGGUGGGGCAGUCGCCGGAUCGCGGGUGGCGGGCACGUCGAGAACCGUUUGGUGACACUUCCACUCGGCUCGACCAAAUUAUUCAAGAAAUAUUCAACUUGAAGUUUUCACUGGUAGAAAUGUUCAUUUUUGACUAAUUCUGCCGAUUCCACUCAUCCUACGAUGGCUGAUUAUUCGUUGACUCAGAUUUUUGAAAAGGAAAAAAAGUUGGUUUUUUUUAUUUAGAAAGUUGAGGACUUUUCUUGAAACCUUAUCUUUGGAAACCAAAUUUUUCUGAGCUUUUUUGGCAUAUUUUUCGCAUUCCUUGAUUUACUUUUUCAACAGUUCAUCGCGUAAAAUGUCAUUUUUUUAUAUGAAUUUAUCUUCUUUAAACAAUAUUUUAUUGCACUUUCAUUUGGUAUCACUCGUUCCAGAAUUGAUAGCAGCAAAAUUGACUGUUUCUUUGAAAAUUUAUUCCCACUCCUUCUGGCUUUUAACUUGUAAUUAUUCUUUUUUUAUUCCUUACUUUUCUACCGAGCUUUUUUUAUUUCUUUUUACGUGAAAUAGUUUUAAAGGAACUGAGACAAACUGUAUAAAAGUCUCAAGGCGUAGAGCCAUUUUUAAGGAUAUUUUGAUGCCAUUCUUCCGGAGAACCUCAGAAUCGAAUUUAAAAUAGAAUUUCAAGGUAAAUAACUGUUUCAUUGCAUUUAAUUCAUUUUUUAAUUCUGAUCCUUUUUUUUCUACAAAAACUAGAGAGUUGCUAGGCAGCAUUUCAUUUUCUUCUUAGUAUCGACUUUCUCUGUCCUUUAUUCAGUCCUUUUUGAACGCACUCGCUAUUGAACCGUAUAUUUUUCUGUGGGCAACCUAAAAACCGCAAAUAACGGACAAUGCGCCGGGGGCGAACCAGGCCGGUUACAAUGGCCGUUUACACGGACUUUUGUUCUUUUUUCACAAGCUUUUUGAAAGAAAAUCGAAUUAUGAAGUGUGAAAUCUGCUGUAGUUUUCACAGUGUGUAAGAAGUUGAGAAAAAAAAAAACCCCUGGUUUUACAAUUUUUUUGUGAAGUUACAGUCUUAUCUCUUAUCUCUUAUCUCUUAUUUUUUCAAAAAAAUCGAUAGAUCUUCAGGCUAAUGAAAAAAAGAAAAAGAAAAUAAUCACGUCAGGCCAUUUGCUCGAACCUCUUCUAAAAAAAUUUAGCUCCCCACCUUCCGGCUUCGAAUUCGCUAUAAAGGUGUGAAUACCUUUCAAUUUUUGAUAAAUCUGGUAGCCCGAAAACUGAGAUUAACGAUAAAAAUCUACCAUAGUUUAGGUUUUCUUUGAUUUCUUUAUUUUUACCCUCGAGAAAAUUUUGAAUUUUCGUUCUUUGGUCAGAAGCUUUUUUAGCCAGAGAUUCUGUACAGAGAUUACGGUUUUUGUAGUUUUGUGAGGAGUUCGAAAAAUUCAACUUGAAAAAUCAAUAGAAAUAUCACCACUUGGAAUUUCUAUAAAUUGACGACUACUCACAAUUUUUUUCAACUUACUGUUUCUGUAGUGAAAUUUUUGUGCAGGGUUUCAUUUUUUUUUUGUUUUGUCGUCGGAGCAUGAUUCAAAUUUUCACUGUUGAGGAUCUUUCAAAAAAAUCCGCAAUCUUUUUGAAUAUUUUCUCCAUUUUUUUAAAUUUUCGCCAAAUUCAAUUUUUUUCAUUAGGUUUCCUUAUACAGAAAAAAAUUUUUAUUUUGGGUUUUUGCUUUUUGGGAUGUCGCAAACAAAUCGGCGAAUCUCUUAUUGCCGAGUUUUUUUCUUCUUUCAUGCUGCUCGCCGCCGUCGCAGCAACAAACAACAAGCACUCAAAAACUCGCGCGGGCCAUCUUUUUUCGCGAUUUUUCCUUCUGUGGCUUUCCAGCAAUUUUUAGAAGGCUUUGCUUUUUUCAAGUGUUUUUGGAAGAAAAAGAGGAAGAACACUUGGCCCGGGGCAGGAGGAAGUUUUUGGAGAAUUUUUUGGGCGAAAUAUUUUGAAGUUAUCGAAUGGAGUUCAAGAUAUGUUUCUUCAAGAAGUAUCACAGUCAGAGAAAAAAAUUACUUUCAAAAAAAGAACUUUUUGAAGAAAUAGCCUUUUAUAAGAUUUUUUUUUUCAGAAAUAAAAUUUUUUUUAGUUGACUAACUCUACAGAACUGUUCGUAUUAUUUUGCUUAUUAAGUCUUUUUUUUUGUCACCUGAAAAGUUUUUUUGAGUCAAGUUUUUAGAAAAGGAGAAAAUUCAUUCUGACUCUGAAACUGCAAAUUUUUUUUCUGUUUCUGAACUUUCCAUUUGUUCAAUUACUGAUCGAUUUCUAGUUUUUGAAGACUUCCCUGAUAAAAAAGGCUUCUUAGAGAGUUUCUGAAAUUUUAGUAGGUGCAAAAAGCUUUUUGGAAAAGCUGUUCCCACAAUUUUUUUGGAUGUCGCCCUGAGCAGAAGUUUGAAUUUCGAUGUUCUGCGAGAGCAGUCUUUUCCUUUUUCUGCAAGACUUUUUCGAGAAAUGAACUAGUCAUAAGUGGUCGGUAUCGUCAUCCAACGUGUUUCAACAACUGUUUGCUCUGCCAACUUACAACUAAAAACGACACUUGAAGAAUCAUUUUUUGUGGCAAACUUUGGCGCGAGAGUGGCUAAUCCUCUCGUGUGCCAACGAGGAGACCAGACGGCCGCCGAAAAUCGGAUCAUUAGGAGAGGAAAUGACCGCGAGAGAGAGCACGUCCGCACUGUUUGUACUGCUUUUUGACACAUCCGAUCGUCCAUCGUUGACUAAAAAAAACUGGAAAACCGGAUGCCGGACGUUUUCCGCGUUGAGAUCCCCUGAGGAAGCGUUUUUCUCCGUGUAGCUCUUGUGGCGAGAAUCAUCUCUCGAGUGGAAACAGUUGUAUCAUUGCAAAUAUAUAAAAGCUUCGUCUUUUCUGAGUUAAUAUUCAAAUUUCGUGCCAUAAUAAAGGCAGUGGAGAUAAUAAUUUUUUGCUCACACAAACUUUUCUUAAAAAAGUUUAGGUUAAAGUAAGUUAAGCUAAAUCUGGUCUUUGGUUCUCAAACAAAUUUUCUUUGAUUUUCUUUCAGUUGAAGCAAGACUUACUAGUUGAUAAAAUGAAGUUUGAGGACAAAAUCUUCAAAAAAAGCAUUUUUUUAGAAAGUGUAUUCAAAUUUUUAAAUUCAUGAUAAUCUUCAUGUAAGCUAGUAAGCUGAUAAAUUUCACCGAAAUAAAAAAAUCAAUAUUUUUUACGAAAUGAGCAGGCUUUUUUUUGGUCAAGGCUUUCAAACUUUUUUUUUUCAUAUAACUCUUCUUUUUUUAACCUUCUAUGAUGGUAAUAAGGAACUGAACAUUUUCAGCGAACAGUGAGAUGGAAAAAAGGUCUCAAAGAUCCCCAAUGAAAAGGAACUAGGGAACAAUGACGUUUUCGAUUCAGUUUGAUUUUUUUCUCGCUGAUGUUGACCUUUUUUCUUCCUUUGGCUUGAUAUUAUGGAAAAGAGGUGACAAUUAUAGUUCUAAUAUUGAUCAAAAAAACAAUUUCUGAAUUUUGCAAGGUUUCUAUAGUCUUUUAUCCUUAGUUUAACCCCGUGAGAAAAUUUUUUUAUUUAUGAAAAAAAUUUUCAAAACAAAUUUAGGUGUUUGAGGGUAUACAGAAAAUGUAGAAUCAUCAAGUCUUGUAGAAACUAUUUUCUUGAAGAUGAAUAAUUUAGAGGAACUUUACGGUUGUUUUGCAGGAACUCACGACUAGCCGCCGUGUUCGCUGCCUUGUUCAUCCUCACACUUCUCGUCUCGAUUUCUUUCAUCACAAUCGUCGCCAUCCUCAGCGACGGCUUCACCACCCUCAUUUCUGGCACUUACCUCCGAAAAAAGAAGAUAAUUUGGGAUUGAUCUAGGAAAUGAAUCAUGUGCGGAUGGAGAAGACACGAGCGAACCGCGACCGACGCAAAACUUCGUCGGAGACGACUCGAUUUGCCUCACUCCCGAUUGUAUACGUUUAGGUAUCCUACUGGAAAGUUUAACGAAAAACUCAGUUUUAUUCCCGUAUUUUGUGAAGAGAAGUUCUUGAAGAAGUGAAAGAAGAUAAAACUUGUAGAUGACCCAUGGUUUUCAGCUGCAAACUACUUGAACAACAUGAACCGCGACGUCAGCCCCUGCAACAACUUCUACGAGUUCGCUUGCGGCCGAUUCGCCUCCCAAAGGGUCGUCCCAGAGCACGAGAAGAAGGUGACCGUGCUGAGCGAGAUGAAGAAGGACCUCGACAGACAUCUUCGAGGUGAACUGUGUCGAAGGAUGAAAUCUAGAAUCCGGGCUUACGACGGGGCAACCUGACCAGUUGAAUUGAAAAUGAGAAAAAAAAUUAGGUACCCAAUUCAAUUUUUCGCAAAACUUUACAAGCGAUAUUUAUCAUUUUCGCAACGAUUUUGUAAAAUUAUUUCAACUUCUCGGAUUUUUCGACGAUUGACUUGUUUUUUUAGUGCCAUUUCUUGUCACCAGUUAGAAGUUUUCAGUGAAAGAAAGCUGAAAUUCUCUCUUUGAAAAAAUCCGCGAUAUUGUAUUUUCUAGACCUGAAAUUUCAGUGCAACUUGCAAAAUUUUAAACAAAUCUAAAAAUUUUUUUCCGAAUUUUGUGUACCUUUCUUCAGGACAUAACUGAUUUUUGAGACUUCUUUUCUGAAUUUUCCUUCUCUUUUUCAUUUUUUCCUUUAAAUUUAAAACACUUUUAAAGCUGCAUGUAAUAGGCCGAAGCUCUUGGUUGAUCAUUUGAGCUUUUAGAAGUAUAAGUUCUGAUGAGGAAUACCUACUAGCUUUUUCGGAAGAAUAGCGGAGUUUUAAUAGGACUCUUCAGAUAUUCUUGAACGGUCUUCAAGGGAAAACGCGACGCGGCCAAUGAAACUGGCGCAGAUCUACUUCGACUCCUGCAUGGACGAGGACACCCAGAACGACUUGGUCAUUAUCGUUUGAAAAAGAAGGGAAACGAAUGAUCACGGUUUCAGAGCGUCCACCCGUUGAUGGGCGUGAUCUCGCACCUCGGCGGCUGGCCCCUACUAACCAACGCGCGAUUCGACUCGGUCGACUUCAAAUGGGAGGUCCUCGCCGGCCAGCUCGCCGUCCAUGGCGUCGAUGGCCUCGUCAAAAUCUUCGUCCAUUCCAGCUUCGACGACAGCGACAAGCACAUGCUCAUGGUUUUUGAAAUAAAAUUUCAUCAUCAUGAAUUUUGAGAUAUACGGAUUUGUCAAAAACAGUUUUUUGAACUUUCUUGUACCUUAUCCAGUUUUUUAGAAUUUUUCUGUCGUUUUGUUAACUAAGUUUCUAACGAAAUGUGAAGGAUCGGUGUACACAAAAAUACUUACCGUAAUCUAGUUUUAAUUCAGCGACAAAUAAUUCAUAGCCUCAGUCUAAUUCUACAAAAGCGAAAAAAAAGUUAUAAUAAUUAAAAAAAGGAAAUAGGGAUUUUCAUCUUUUUACUGGCCUUCAUAGAUAAGCCCGGAAGUAUUUCAGUUCUCUCCUCCGAAACUGUUUUUGGAGAAGAAGAAGUAUUAUCGAGAAGCGCCGUCGUCCAAUGUCUACCUUGGCUACUACAAACAGUAUAUUUUGUCGCUUCUCACUUUGCUGGGUUCGUUUUCGAAAAAUCUUCAGCUUGGUUUCAGAAAAAUUGAGAUAAUGUAGUGCGUUUGCAUGUAGAAAAACUGAGCAGAAAUGCGAAAAAAUGAAAAUAAUCUUUAGAGUUAGAAGUUGUAUUUUGUAUUCGAGCUUUGAAGAAAUGUAACAAGAACAAGAAAUUUUUGAAAGGAGGCAAAUAUAACUUUCAUGGUUCUCUUCCUCCACGCCACAGAUCUGUCUGUGAGCGUAAUAAACAUUUCAUUCAUUCAUUCAAGUAAAAUACAGAUCAUGUAUAAGUUUUUAAAAUUUUAGGAGUAGACUCGGAAGACGACACAGGUGUGAUUCAAUAUCAAGUCGACGACAUUAUCGAUUUUGAACGCAGGAUUUCAAAUGUGAGUUUUAAAUCAUCCUAAUUUCUUUCAAGUAUCUGUUUCAGAUGACCCGCAUCGAAAUGUCCCGCAAUCACAGCGCCAUCAACAACAUGAUACGUUACGGCGACUUCAGAAAGAAAUACGAUCAGGUUGGUAAAAAAAAGAUUAUUUCACAAAGCAAAUACCAAGAUAAAACUUCACAAAGCCACUGACAAAUAAGAAAAUGAAAACUAAACAUUUAUUUUUCAAAAACAAAAAAAAGAGUAAAAAGUUUCAUCGAAUUUGGGAAUUUCCUUACUGCGUCGCUGUGUUUACGGACUUCACGCUUACAGUAACGCCAGCUAAAAUCGCGACUUUGACUUCAUUUUUACCCCAUUUUUUCUCACUUUCUUCUUUAGAAUGCAUUUUUCCUCCUCUCAAAUUUUGAAGAACCAAAAAAAAGAAGGUCGUGAAUGAAAGAGCUGGAAAAACUGUGAAAGAAGGGGCCGGAAAGGCCGAGUAUCAAAUUUUGAUUGACUUUUUUUCUAAUUGUUUUGAUUGAUUAUCAUAAGACACAUAGUAGUUAAUCCGAAAACGGAAAAGAAUAAAAGCAACUUUCAGGAAUAAAAGUAGGAGGCUUGACCUACAAAUGUUAAAAAAAUUAUCAAAAAUCCUAUCGUUUUCAAGUUUUUUCUUCAGAUCAACUGGGAUCUAUUCUUUAAUGAGGACUUACGUUCGCACCUGGGAGUCAUUGAAGACGAUUUGAUGGUAAAUGUCGUGGACACGGCUUAUUUUGACGGCCUCACAGCUCUCAUAAAAUCUAAACCUAUGAGGUUUUCGAAAAAUUACGUUUCAAUUCACAAAAGUUUGUCAGUUCGGUGAACAAUUUCCUGAUGUGGGCGCUCGUCAACGCAUUCAAUGGCUAUCUCCCUCCAAGAUUCCGCAAACCGUACCAAGAAUUUCGCGAAAAGAUGUACGGAAUCACCUCCGAGGUCCGAUAAUGGUCAUUUGCAACGAAUAUGAUUUGGAAUUGAAGACGCCCCUCUGGGAAACGUGUGUGGCGGAAGUCCGCGACAACCUCGCCAUGCCUCUGUCGACCGCCUACGCCCACAAGUACUUCACCAUGCAGGAUAAACACAAAGUAGGCCGGUAGUUAUUCUAAAAAAAGUCCACUAAUGGGCUUAAAAAAAUGAAAAAUAAUUUUAUGUUUUAUUUUCUUUUUUUUUUUAUUUUAACUUAAAUUCCGGGUCUAACAAUGAAGACCCCUUGGCGGCUUAGAAUUUUUGAAAAUUCGAUCAAAAGUCUUCUGGAGGGAUAUAUGAAGAUCCCUCACAGUCGCUUCGGGUUUUCGGAGAUUUGAAGUUUCAAGGUUGCGAGUUAUGAUUUUGAAGCCUAAUUUUUUAACUCUUGAACAUAUUUAUCUCAAAAAAUAGAAGUUUUCGCAGGUAGCGACUUUUUUCCAUAGACAUUUGAAGAGUGUUUGAGCAAAGUUCCAGAAAACUCCAAACCGAAAAAUAUUCCCGUUUAAGGUUAUUUUUUUAUAACUUUUCUUAAAUUCUUCAUUCGUACGCAUUUUUUUUUACGAUUUCAAAGACUAGAAUUGAUUUUGAAUGAGUUAAAUGAAAACCUACGAGCACCCUAUAGUUUCCAUAUUUACUGUUUCAAAAAUGAAUUAAACGACUUUUUUGAGUUAGUGAAAACUGAUAAUAACAGUAUAAAAAAAGAUGAACACAGAAAAAAAAAUUGCUGCUUUACGUAGUACUUUUUGUUUUAUAUGAUCUGACCAUGAAUUCAUCUCUCUGACUAACUCGGUUUUUAUUGAAAUUAGAUGAUCCCUAUCAGUUCAUUGAGACGCAUCUCCAGGCAGAAGAAAUGAUCGUGGACCUGAAAAAGUCGAUGGAGCAGACUUUGCUCAACGCAGAUUGGAUCGAUGAAGCGACGCGGGAAGCGGCUCUUAUCAAACUCGACGUCAUGGGCCACAAGAUUGGGUACAAAGAACGAAAGAAAGUUGGAACAAGAACCAAGAAAAAUUCAGAUUUCCCAACUCCCUGCUCAACGAGACGGCCGUUUUAUUGCCAUUUGCAGGAGUCCGACUCACCGCCAAUCAGUAUUUUGAUAAUGCCGUUUCUCUCAAGAAAACGGCUGUCAGGUGAUUCGAAGUCUUGGAAGUAGGAUAUGGAUUUUUUCCAUAUGGGCCUUGGUGCACUUGAUCCGUUUUAAAAUGAGAUUUUCGAUCUGAUUUCAAUGUUAAUCAUUAUAAAUAAUCAGACCAAAUGAACUGACAAAUUUUCAGGUCAUUCGAAGAAAAUUGAGAAAUUUUUUUCACCAUUAAUUAGAAAAAAGUGUUCUGAACUUUGAAUUUUCAGCCUUGAUUGCGAAUUUUCAAAAAGUGAAAAAAUUCGUUUUUCUAGGCUCCAGUUGAUUUUAGUAUUUUCACCCUCCCAGGCCGUGGAUAACAAACUGCCAAUGUAUUUAUUUCACAAUAGGUUCAAAAAGCUUUUUGAAGAAGUUAGAGCUUUUAGCGGCUUUCAAAGCCAUCCAGAUAGCUCGAGGGAUGCGAAAGUGAUAGAAGUGGCCCACUCAGCGUAUGAACUUUGUUGAUUUCCAGAGAAGUGCUGUCCAAAUUGCACCGAUCCCCGUCAACGGUUGAUUGGGCCUCGCCGGUUAUAGCCGUUGAUGCCUUCCAUUACUUUACUGGCAAUGAAAUAAGUGAGAAAUUCUUAUGAUUCCUAACAGAUAAAGGGGCUCUGAAACAUAUUUCCAGCGUUUAUGUUCUUUCUUAAUCGAAAUAUUGUUUUGAAAUAGAUUUUUCAGACCGAAAAGAAGUCAUAAUUUUCGAACCUUUAAGGAGUUUUGGAACAGCUUAACUUUUCUGAAUUUUUAUAUUUUUUUUCUUUUGGAUUGUGAUCAAAAGAUAAACUUUAGCUUUUGGAAGAAAAAGCCUCAAAAAUGAUUUAACGGGUUUAGGGAAGUUUGCUCCACUGACAAUUUACAGUAGCUUCGAAUAAUAGCCUCCAUUUUUUUUCACGAUUUUUUCGAGCUUUUUCUGCAUUAAGCUCGGUGCUGUCAUGAUUUGUCCGUUCGCUUCAGAGUUGAAGAAAGAAAAAAAAAACAAAUUUUUUCAGUUUUCCCAGCUGGAAUCUUGCAAUUUCCGAUGUUUGUCCCUGACGCGCCGUCUUAUGCUAACUAUGGGGCUAUUGGAAUGGGAAUCGGCCAUGAAAUCACUCAUGGCUAUGACGAUCUUGGUAUCGAAUCGAGUUAAAAUACCCAAGAAAGUCAUUCUCAGGAGCUCAAUACGAUGACAAGGGGAAUCUGCGCGGCUGGUGGCACACGGAGACGAUGACGACGUUCCAGAAGAAGAAGCAGUGCUUCGUGGCUCAGUACGGCAGCAAGGCCGAGCCGGUCACCGGGAGGAAAGUCGACGGAAGGCUCACGAUCGGGGAGAACAUCGCCGACAAUGGGGGCCUCCGAGUGGCUUAUCAAGUCGAGGAUAUGGACUUUUCCAAGAUUAUUUAGAUACUUUUAGGCUUAUCAAAUGCGGCUGGCGAGAGCGGAAGAGUCCACGAAGCUGCCCGGCUUGUCCGACUUCACUCAACAGCAACUUUUCUUCCUCGCCUAUGCUAAUGUAGGUUUCAGCGGGAGGAUAUGAAUGUGAAAAUCAUAAUCAAUGCUCGAUUAAUAGUACUUGUACAGAACUUUUUUUUCAAGAAAUUCCAUCCAGAAAAUCUACACUAAAGUUAUAUAGUCUGUUCAGAUUUUGAAUGUCAAGUCGUGCUCAAGCUCCACCCAUAAUGGUGCGAUAAACAAAUCAGAGAACGAGCCAUCCACAGAGUGAUUUGAAUGAAGUCAUUGCACUUGACAUUGAAAAUCGGAACAGACUAUAACUUGAAACCUAAAGAACCGAAAAAAUAAGAAAAUGGCAGCUUCUGAUUUCAAUUUAGUGUCCCAAGCGUAGUCUAUUCAAACGAUUUUAUUUCUCAAAAUAGUUCGAGUUGAAAUAAUUGAGAAUAAAUGGCUCAAUGCAAAGACCUUAUUGGAAAAAGAAAUCUAGAAAAUCUAAAAAUUAGUUAUAGCUUGAGACCCCAAGACAGAAGCUACUGCUUUCUAUGUAGAAUUGGAAGUCUAUUCCAUCAAAUGUUUCUCAACCUCUGAUCCAACGAUAAUUUAAUUCUGAAGACGUGGUGCGAGGCGCUGAAGCCGACGGCGAUCGAGUACGUCAUGGACACGGACGUGCACGCCCUGGGGAUGUUCCGAGUGAACGUCCCGCUCCAGAAUCUGCCCGCCUUCUCCAAAGAGUUCGACUGUCCCAUCGGCUCCCCCAUGAAUCCCUUUGAGAAGUGCCGCAUCUGGUAG